AUGGCGAGCUCAAGCCCAGACAGCUACAAAGUGCUUUUAUGUAUUUCUGACCUUAAAGUGACCAUGAGGAGGAUUGUUCUGGUGGGGAAGACUGGAGCUGGUAAGAGUUCAUCAGGAAACACUAUUCUGGGGAGGAAGAGCUUCAGAGCCGCCACGAGUAGCUCCUCUGUUACAAGGGAGUGCUGGAAAGAGAUCGGUGAGGUGGCGGGAACAGAGACCGUCGUGGUGGAUACCCCUGGUUUAUUCGAUACCAGCCUCUCGGAGCAAGAGCUAAAACGGGAGAUGUCCAAAUGCAUAAAUAUGACAGCUCCGGGACCUCACGCUAUUGUCUUAGUCAUCCAAGUAGGGCCUUUCACCGAGGAGGAGAAACUUUCUGUAGAGAAAGUCCGUGUCUUGUUUGGUGAAGAAGCCGAUCGGUACACACUGAUUCUCUUCACUCAUGGUGACCGACUUACCAGUCAAAUUGAUGAGUAUGUUGGUGAAGCACAUCCAAACCUGAAAGCACUCAUAUCUCGAUGUGGAGGAAGGUACCAUGCUUUCAAUAACACAGAAAUUCAAAAUCGGGAACAAGUCUUCAAGUUCUUAGAGAAAAUUGACAAUAUGGUAGCAGCUAAUGGUGGUGGUUUCUACACCAAUGACAGAUACAAGGACGUUGAAAGAAAGCUUAGAGAACUUGAGGAGGACUUAAAACAACAAUAUGAAAAUAAACUUAAAGAACAAGAGAGGGAACUUACAUUGAAAUUCGAAGAUGACAGACAAAGACUAGAGAAAAUAAUUGGAACUCUGGAGGGAGCACUUCAAGAAAGGGAGGAGAAAAUAAAGGAAUUAGAGCUCCUGGACAUAUCAAGACAAAAACUAAUGAUGGAAACUAAACGCUUCUAUGAGGAGAAGAUCAGAUCUGUGAGACAAGAAGCAGAACGAAAACAGAUCAGUGAACAGAUGCUUAUUGACGCAUUUGGCCGAUUGCAAGGCCUCCACCUCUGA